GUAAAAUCACAUCAAAAAUGAUGAAGUGGCUGCUUUUGGCUGUUUUCUGCAUUGCUGCCUAUGCCUGGGCUGAUGGGACUGAGGAUUCAAAUAUCGACCAACUGAUGUCGCGAGUAUACCGAACUGUGUUGCUCAAGUCUAAGAGAAGCCCAUCCAUGGGACUUUCUCUGGCAGAGUACAUGGCUUCACCACAGGGAGGAGAUAACUUCCAUUUCAUGCCUUCCGGGAGAAAGUAAACUGACAAUUCAUCCUUAACCCCUAAUAUCAAAUUCCCAUCAUCCUCUCAUAUUGUGGCUCUGACUGUAAUUAAAGGAAACUAAUUUUCUGUGUGUCUCUCUUACUCUCUCUCUCUCUUUUCAUUUUUUUUACUAUUCUCUCUCUCAUUCCCUCCCCCAUUGUCUGUCGCUGACUUGUGUCGAAACUGAAAGAUCUCAAAUUAAAAUCAACCUGUUCCUGAAAACUAAAAAAAACAAAGCUGCUCCUCAAUUUGUAUACGUUUAUUGAUAUUCGUCAGUUUCUUGAUAUAUCUAGUCUUCAUUUUCUCCAUUUCUCUCCACAACAAAUUGAAGCUCCAUUGACCCAAUAAAUAAUUUCAUCGUU